AUGUCUGCCACCACCAGCAACGCCACCAUCCAAUCUCGAGUCCAAUCCACUCUAAGUCAGUUCGAAUCGUAUGGCCAACAAUCCCGGGACCUCGAGAAAUACCAUUUCACCUCUAAAGGUUCCUCUGCACAAGCUCGUUAUAGGGAUAACGAUAUCAAACGAUUGAAUGAUCCAAAUCAUCUGGAGAAAAUUGUCGAGUACACUUGGGUUGAUGCGUUGAAAGCUUCUGUUUGUGGUAUGAUUGGGACUACCGUCAGAUCCCUUACAUCUGGUGGGGAUGAGAUGCUUCAGCAAGUUCAUCUCAAUAUGGACAAAAUCCCAAGUUUGAUUUCUGAAAAUGAGACUGAAGAGUUUGCGAAUACCUUGAAGGAUCAGUUGGAGGGUCGAAUCGUCCAGCACCUUGCUACCUUUGUGUCGAUGAACUACAAAGACCAUUUAAUCUCCGAAUUUCAGAUUGGCGACAGUCUCGCUGCCACAAUUCAAGAUUUACUUACCUCAGAUGAGAAGUACGAAGAUAAGAUGGGGAUCUCCAAAGACCUUUGGAGAGACAACUGCCAUCAGCGAUCAAUCUCGGAAGUUGAACAUCUACUUAACCGAAGUGAUCAUUCUUUGUUCACUUUCGAUCCGGAAGGAAAGAAUACCCACAAGAUCGUUUCGUCAAUCAGUAUUAAUCCGAGCUUAUCACCUGUCCAACUCGAUCAUUUCAUCGAACAAAGGAGGGAAGAAGCUGAUAGAGAGAAAAUCAAAGCUGAAUCUAGAGCCGCAACCAGUACAGUCGAUUAUUAUGGUUCCUUCUUAGAAGGGGCUAGAACGAGAAGAGAGUCAAACAGAGAAGAGUACUUAAGUAAAAAGCGAGCUGAAGUUGAGAAAGUAGUAUUUGCACAAAGUCAUUUAUCGGAUGAAGGUUGGAAGAAAGACGGUGACCUACUACCGAUGAUUUAUCCUGUCAAGAUGCAGAUGCAGAAUGGUGAACUUGCCAUGACUAGGGUGGACAAGUACAAGCAGUCACGUUCGACGUUUAUCUCUUUGAACAAACCCCCGACGGUUCAUCUUUGGGAGUCAAUCGACGAAAGUAAAGCGGAUGGUGAUGGCUCGCUCUGUCCUGAUGAUAAAACUGCGAGGGAAAGGUUCAAAGCUGUUGGGAUUGAAGAUGAGCCAAGUGAAUCAGAACGAUCCGCAUGGAUCGUUUGA